UCCAUUAUUAGCUGAGGGCGGGAUAGGCUUCCCUGAAGAGAUCAGUUUUCAGAGAUCACCCAAAAGUGAGCAGAGUAGGCGAUAGUCUGAUAAAUUGGGGGUAGAGAGUUCCAGAGGAUUGGCGAAGCUGUGGAGAAGUCCUGAAGAUGAGCAUGGGAGGAGGAGACAAGGGAGCUAGAGAGCAGGAGGUCAUGGGAGGAGCGGAGAGGACGGUUUGGGUGAUAUUUGGAGACAAGAUCGUUGAUAUAAUUACGGGCGGAGUUAUACAUGGAUUUAUAUGUUAUUGUUAAUGUUUUGAAUUUUAUCCAUUGGGCAAUGGGAAGCCAGUGGAGGGAUUGGCAGAGAGGGGUGGAGGACACUGAGUGGAGGUCAGUGGAGGGAUUGGCAGAGAGGGGUGAGGACACUGAGUGGAGGUCAGUGGAGGGAUUGGCAGAGAGGGGUGGGAGGACACUGAGUGGAGGUCAGUGGAAGGAUUGGCAGAGAGGGGUGGAGGACACUGAGUGGAGGUCAGUGGAGGGAUUGGCAGAGAGGGGUGGAGGACACUGAGUGGAGGUCAGUGGAGGGAUUGGCAGAGAGGGGUGGAGGACACUGAGUGGAGGUCAGUGG